AUGGGAAACCCCUGCCACUCGCCGCACAGUGAUCCUUGGGAGCUAGUUGAUGAGGCUGGUGCUGAUCUGAGAGCGAUUGUAAUUGCGGUAGGCUAUCGCCUCAAUAUAUUCGGUUUCCUAGCGGGGCAAGGUAUCGACGGCAAUUUUGGAUUCUGGGAUCAACGGUGUGCCUUGGAAUGGGUGCGAGACCACAUAUCAGCUUUCGGAGGCGAUCCGCAUCAGAUCACCCUCGGAGGACUCAGCGCCGGUGCCUUGUCAGCUCACUACCAGUUACAAUAUGAAUUGCUCCAUGGAAGCGGAUCAAUGCCGUUGUUUCGUAAUAUUUUCAUGUGCUCUAAUGCGAUAUCAGUAAGAGAACGCCAGAACAUAAUGCUAUGGACAUCAUUGACCAUCUUGAACCUCAGGUGCAACCUAAAUCAAUUCAAGAAUGUGAAGUUUUGGCGUCUAAGGAGAUUCGGGGUUAAAGCUAAUAACAUCGCAGCGAACCUCCAAUUGGAAGAUGUUUUCGACCUUUUCAACAUUGAUCCAUUGCUAUCAGUGCAGGAAAAGAUUGAUCGCCUCCGCAAUGUACCCUCCAACAAUCUAAUCGCGAAAUUUUCGUCAUUGCGUUUAGACACAUUCCGUCCAGUGACGGAUGGAGACUUUGUUGCUGGUGAUAUGCUCAAGUUGCUGAGAGAUGGCACCGUGGCUAGACUGUUCAAAGACCGAGGAAUGAGAAUAAUGAUCGGUGAAACGGAGAGUGAAAAUUACUACCCUGAAGCAAUUUGCCGGAAACUAUUAGCCAGCUACGGCAUGUGUAGAGAACAAGAAGUGGGCCAGACCUACGGCCUCAUCACUUCAGACGUACAAGUUCGCGCUCCCAUCAGAGCAUUUGUCAAGACACUUGCAGAUGUCGGUGUGCCAUUGCACAACAUUUUUCGAUAUCGAAGCCAAUUCCGGGCAAAAUGCAUAUCUAAGCUUUAUUCUCCUGAACUAGGCGUGACACACUCCGUUGACAUGUGUGUCUGGUGGUAUCUGGUGCGGUUUGGUUAUGAACAAAACGAAACAGUGGCAGCCAGGGACUGGCUAUCACGGUCACUGAUACCCUUGGUGAAUGGCGCACCACUAAGAUCGGAGUGCUCUACGAUCAAGCAGUAUAUGGAGUUUACGCCCAACGCUGAGAUUAGAGCAGUGGAUGAUGUGUAUUGGGAUCGAAUGAUUACCCUGUCUGAAAUCUGCGCCGAGACAGUUUGA